CUCGCUUUAAAACCUCAAGGCACCCUGCGCCGUCACGGUUAGUAGAUGCCCUCAGCGUCCGAAAGAAAGCGGUCAUACCACGGAAUCAUUUUCAAACGCUCCGGUAGGGCUCAUGAGCCCCAUUUCCUACCUGCAUCUUUCACCGGCCAACGAGUGAGCCUUGUCGCCUACCCAACGCCAGCGGAAUCCCACAUUACCAAGAUCAUCUUGAGUAUGUAAUGUUGUAUUUCAUAUCUAGUUCAAUGUGAGGAGGGGUAUCCGACCAGUUGAGAAAAGCGAGUGGGCCAAGCAACAACCACGGGGGAUGGAUUACUUCAGGCACUCCAUCCGCAAUUUCAUAUUCAAUCUCACUAUGUAGAUCUUUUUGCAAGACUCAGACAGACAGCCUGCUGGUAGGGGCCCAACAAC